UACAGGCAGGACAUCGCGGCGCUCCGUGUGUGUGUGUGUGUGUGUGUACAGUACCAUACCAUACCGCAGUGAUCCGGGCAGAAGUAUGCAGGAGUCGGGGAUUGUCCCGGACCUGGAGCUCUGUGAGGGGGAGGAGGAGGGGGAGGAGGGGGGGAGCGGAGGGGAACUGAAAGUCUACUACCAGCUGAAGAGCCGACCGCUCGCGCACAGUACCCCUUAUUCAGAUCAGCAGAGUUCGUCUCUCCUCUGUCCCUCCUCGUCCCGGGUCCUCCUACGUCAGCAGUUGAUGCGCGAGCAGCUUCAUGAUCAGGAGAGAAGGGAGAAGCAGCGCAGACGUCACACCUCCCCCUAUGCCCCGCCCACUUCAACUCAUUGCUCUACCCCAUACCCAACCCAGAGUCCUGCCAUUGAUGUUAGCACCCCUGUGGCCCCACCCACCACUGCAGUCGUGCCCCCUGAAGUGCUGAGGGUGAAGACUCAUUUAGAAAAUCCUACUAAGUAUCACCUCCAGCAAGCUCAGAGACAGCAGGUGAAAGCGUACCUGUCGACCACACUUGGCCCGUUUCCCAGCAUGCCCUGUGCCACUCUGGACCCUGACCCUGGGGGAAUUCCACCCGGUCAGGUGAACAGCACCCCCAACAGCCCCAUGGCUUUACUCGCCCUCAACUCCACCUGUGAAAGAGAGAUGGAUGAUGUAAUUGAUGACAUCAUGAGUUUGGAGUCGAGUUACAGUGAUGACAUGCUGGGGAUGCCACUUGACCCCGCCCUUCACAUGGCCAACACAAUGCCACUGUCAGUAAAUCUGAUUGAUGUUUAUAAGAAUCAGAGUUUAGCUCCGCCCACUGUCUCCAUAAGUACUUCCUGCCCUGAGAACCUGCCAAACAUCAAGACAGAGUUCUAUGACACAGAUGCUUGCACUCUUGCAAAGGAACGACAAAAAAAAGACAACCACAACCUGAUCGAGAGAAGACGACGCUUCAACAUCAACGACCGCAUCAAAGAACUUGGGACUCUCAUCCCCAAAUCCAGUGACCCAGACAUGCGCUGGAACAAAGGCACGAUUCUCAAGGCGUCAGUGGACUACAUAAGGAAGCUGCAGAGGGAUCAGCAACAUGCCAAAGAGCUUGAAACCCAGCAAAAGAGCCUGGAGAUCGCUAACCGCCGCCUGAUGCUGCGUGUACAGGAGUUGGAGAUACAGGCUCGAGCUGAUGGACUGUUCACUUCGUCUCUACACUCUCCUGAAAUUUCUGCUCGUCGAAUAAAACAGGAGUCAGCGCUGGCUGACUGUGAAACGCCCAGAGAGGGCCACAUCAUGACCUCUGACCAUGGGGCCUUUGGGGUCAAGACAACAGGUGCCAACCUGGAUGAUAUUCUAAUGGAGCAGACGCCACUGCCAUUGACUGGAAGUGUUUCACCAAAGAGCAGCAGCAACAUGCAUAACAUUAGCAUGGAAGAGAACGAGUGCGCAUGCUAGCACUUCCUAACCUGAUUGUUGUUAGAACUUCUAAAUUUUGCUUAAUUCUAAAUGAAGUGAAAUUAAUCAGUAGAAUUUAUUAAGGCUUGGGUUUAACCCACUCAGUGAUGAUGUGAAUGUGAUUGAUGUAGAUUUGCAAAAACACUAAGGUUAGAUACUCACCAAUAAUCUUUAAAAUCCUCUACAGCACAGAACCUCACAGUCACACUGCACUUUACCUCUGUUUAUAUGAAUGUUAGAUUAGACACAGCAGACGCACAACUUCUCUGGCAUGCACGUCACAGAAUGUGAGCAUUAGAGGAUUCAACAAAAAUGCACACUGCCUGACCAAAAAACUCACACACACUCAUAUUUCUCCCAGUCACCUUUAGCUUUAAUAAAACACACACACACACACACACACACACACACACAGUGGUGUCCAGUUCAUGUGUGUAAAUGAUUUCUCAUGCUCCCAGAGCACUCAGUUUUUUUUAGGACUCUUUUUUGUUCAGCGAGGAAUGUCACGUCACUUACAAAACUUAUAGAUGUGUGACCCGACUGCAUGAUGUCAUCCUAAUCAGACUGCUCCAAUCAUAACUGUUUAAAGCACCUAUAAUAGAGCUGUGUAGGACCAUCAUAAUCUGAUCAAAAUGAUUUCAAAAAGAAAGUGAGACUGGAGAGAGGAUGGGAGCGUUUAGCUCGUGGAGAAGGAGGGAGUAAAAAAAGAAAUAAGAAAUAAUUAAAGGAAAAGUCUGCCCUACCUUUAAAGAUAAAAAGUGAAUGUAGGCAGUUUGUGAAAGCAUCAGUGCCACCUGUCUGUCUACAGCACGAACCCCUGAGGAGUGUGAGACAUGGGGAUACGCCCUGUUAAUGAAGUGAUGAAGUGCCACUUAUAGCGGAGAAUCUCUGUGUUGUGUGUAUACUCAAAUUAUUUAAUAUAAAUCUAUAAAAUGUAUAAAAAUAUGAUUAUUUUAUCCGAGUGGCGCAGUGGUAAAGCGCUCGCCCUAUCAUCCGGAGAUCGCUGGUUCGAACCCAGGGUGAUGCUGUUUUCCUCUCACAGCCGGGGGCACAGAGAGAGCUGAUUGGCCGAGCUCUCUCAGAGAGGAGGGAUGAGAGGUACUUGCGCUCCCACAUUAAUCACGGCCCCACAGCCAAUCAGGGGCGUCUGUGAGCACGCGGAAGGAGCGGAUAGCGCCUUCCUCCGAGUGUGUUACUCCGCCCCUAACGGUGCGUGAGCGAGCAGUUCGAAAAGAUGCGGUCGGCUGACGUCACGCGGUUCGGAGGAAACACGUGAUAGUCUUCGCCCUCCCGACUGAGUGGUAGUAGUAGCCUUAAUGUGGAAGCCCCCUAGUGACGGGGAGGAAUUGGCCACAACUAAUAUUGGAGAGAAAAUUGG